AUGAAAGAGGAAUACGAAGAGGAAGAUGUCCCUCUUCCUUACAAGGACUUCAAGUCCUUUGCCAAAUAUCAGAGUGAUGUUCUCAAAUCAGAAACUGACGAUUUCCUCAAGAGACAUAAUCUAAGGCUUAAAAAGUAUAUCCUUCCGUCAGAGCUUCCUCCAUGGGCAAAAAGCUUUGACGAAGUUCUGGAUACUGGAAAGGAAUUUGAACCACUUACAACGGUAUAUAGACACAAGCACUUUUUAAAAGCCAGGAUAUUACACAACUGGAGCUACAUUGAAACCAGAUGGAACCGCUCAAAGGACCCUAGAAAUAAAAACAUCCCAUUUGAUUUGCGUCCUCUCACUACUGAAAUUUUAAACCAACUUGAUGUAGUUAAUGAGGAUAUGUUGGACCCAGAGUUUUCAGGUCUAUUAGUCACUCUAAACACAUAUUCAUACCUUCCAGAGGAAGACGGGACAACUGCUAAAACAGCAGAUGUAUCCGGGAGUAAAAAGACGGAUGACCCCUCGAUGGCAGAAUACAAACACGGAAAUGCUGGAGACUAUGUACAGAAAAAUGAUAAAGAGUCCGUAGAUAAUGCAGUACCUGGGAAAGUAUACACUGCUAUGCAUAAUUUACAAAAAAGCGCACAUGAAAAUCCUACAUCAGCUCACAGUACAACAUACAUGGAUAUGGCUAUUGAUAAAUCAUUACCGGUGGAUGUUUCUAUAGACAUCAAUUUGGAACCUGAAGAUGAUUCUCUUUCCAUGCACAUGCCGGUCAAGAAUACAUAUGACUCUAUGAAGAGCACUGAUUCUGUAGGGAAGCAGGGUGAUGCAGAUAGUGUUGCCAGUGGUUUCUCUAUGCAGAAUAGUGAUUCCAUAGACUCUCUCAACAAUAAUGAUUCAAGAUCUCUGAAUUCAGAAUCCACAGAAGCUGCAAAAUCUGAAAAGACACUCGAAACGUGCGAUGCUUUAUCUACAGAUUCAAGCGACUUGGAUUUCAUCUUGAAUAGUGACGCUAGCGAGGAGACAAAUGAGACAAUGCAUGGAGAAUUGAAGAGGGUAAAAUUUGCAAAUUCAUCUGCUAGCAAAGGUAAUCAUAAUUCACAAGGUUCAGUGGAUGCUUCUCAAGAUGCUAAACCAUCCGAAAGUCAACAAACUGAUGAAUUUACUAGUACAACGUCAGAAAAGCUUACGGACUCAAAUUCCAUACAUUUUGAGAGCAAAGAUUCUGCACCUGUACAUGAACAUGGUGCAUCAGAAGCAACAGGAGAUACUGUUGAUAGUUCCACGAAACAUGUAAAGUUUGUUGAUCAAGAUGAGAUUUCAAAGACAUCAACAGACGAAAAGGGAGAAAACAAUGAAAAGAGGGUAAGUUUUAUCCUUAUAUUUACUGUAAUAUAUGGGCAAGGUUGCCACAAGUAA